UCGUGUAUUGUCAAUUGAGGAGCAGACCUAAGAGCAACCUGUAAUAUUUUAAAAUCUUUUUUCCAACCAAUUUUUAAAAAAUACAAUGGUGAGUAAAUGUCGUCACAACUACCAAGAUGAGACCGAAACGCUUGUUAACAAGCAGAUCAACAUCGAGCUGAAUGCUUACUACCAAUAUUUGGCGAUGGCUGCGUUUUAUGAUCGCGACGAUAUAGCCUUGAACGGUUUCUCAAAAUAUUUUAAGGAAACAGCCGAAGAAGAGUAUGAACACGCCCAGAAACUGAUCAAAUACCAGAACCUUAGAGGUGGACGUGUCAUCUUGAGCGAAGUCGGUGCUCCUGCCGAACAAGAGUGGUCUUCUCCGCUGGUUGCCAUCGAAUAUGCUCUCGGUUUGGAAAAGAAAGUCAAUCAGUCGUUGUUGGACUUGCACAAAAUGGGUUCAAAGCACAACGAUGUUCACCUAUGCGACUAUUUGGAAGGGCACUUCCUCAAGGAACAGGUGGAAUCAAUUAAUAAGUUGGCCAAACAUCAUACCAAUUUGGUCCGUGUUGGCGAUGGCAUGGGCGUGUUCCUCUACGACAAGGAACUGCGUUAGCAACCUUCGAGAUGAGUGGCCGAAUAAUAUGUAUUUUACUAGGCUUGUGGAAUACAAAUCUUUAAACCUUA